AAAGGUUUAAAAAUUUAUUAAUUUCAUUCCUGCAAUUCUACUAGUUUAAUGAUGUCCGCCAAAGCGAAACCCAACGAUCCUAGUUCAACACCUCCCGUUCCCAAUGCUGUUAUCGAUCGGAAAGCCGAAGGCGAGGAUGGCAAAUGGGGCUAUGACCUGUAUCCAGAGCGGCGCGGUGAAAAAUAUAAACCGAGCUGGGGCCGCAUUUUGCUCGGAAUCGAGGGUACUGAGUUUACCGAUAAAAUUAAAUGUGAACAGAACGUCUACUCGUGCAUUAAAAAUAGUCCAAUGGUGAAACUGAUGAUGGGAGCGCUCAAAAGUUCCGGUUGUGCAAUCGACAUUAGACGACACAUCGCAUGCGAGGUGUGUGAUGUUUCCGUGAGCGGCGGGUACGAUCCGGUCUUGAAUCAGGUAGUGGUUUGCCAAAACAUUGCCCGCAACGAGGGAAUAGUACAGGGAGUGCUAACGCACGAGAUGAUUCACAUGUUCGAUUACUGCCGAAACGAUUUGGAUUUCAAAAACAUCGAUCAUCUGGCCUGCACGGAGAUUCGCGCUGCCAACUUGACUCAUUGCUCAUUUCUUAGUGCAUGCACGCAGGGCGACGCGUCGCCGUUUAAAAUUAAGCAAGCACAUCAGGAUUGUGUUAAAACAAAGGCCCUUAAUUCGGUGCUUGCGGUACGGAAAGUAUCACCAGAAGAGGCGAUUGCAGCAGUUGAAAGAGUGUUUCCCAAGUGCUACAACGAUCUGGAACCGAUUGGCCGGCGGAUACGAAGGAAUUCCAAAGAUAUGUACAAAGCAUACAUGGAAGGUCCGAUGUACGGUUACGACGUAGAUUAGAUAUCUAUUAUUGAUAGAAAAGAUAAA